GCAAACCGGAAAGAACCCAAACCGAGUCAAACAAGCGUGAUUAAAUUGAACUCGGUAGAAGGGUAGGGAGAAGCCGUUCCCUCUCCACACAGAGACGCUCUUCAUCAAUUGCGGUCAUCAAACCCUAAUCAGGAUCUGAACGAGUAUUUCUCCCGACUGGCGGCAAAUCUGCAUUUUGAUAGGGAGAUUUUGAUUGUUUAUGGAACCCUAUUGAAUAUUCUUAGGGUUCGAUUUGAUCUGUUAUCGACUGACCUAUGGAGCCUGCCCAACAGAAGAGAACUAGGGGUCGACCGAGGAAACGGAAGGCCGAGGAUGGCUCCACAGAUGCUAAAUCGAAUAUCAAAACGAAGAGACGGGUGGUGGAGAUGCGAUGCGUGCCGCUUGUGGACCGAUAUGUACUGAAAGAAUUUGAGGGUAACGGUAUUUAUUUAGGCAAAAUUACGCAGUAUGAUACUGGAUAUUAUAGGGUGGAAUAUGAGGAUGGAGAUUCUGAGGAGUUGGACAGUGGCGAAUUACGCGAGAUCAUUCUCAAUGAAAAUGAUUUUGACGGUCGUUUGCGCGCUAGGAAGAAGAAACUGGACGAACUAGUGGUGGAAAAUAGUGUGAAGAGAAAUAAUGAUUUGGAGAAAAAAGCAGUGGAGUCGAAUUAUGAUUUGGAUCGGUUUGAAGCAUUGGCAUUGAGUGAGGCGAGUGGUGGAUCAAUGAUUGAGAAUGAUGAGGAGCAAGUCGAGGCAGAUGCUGAUUCGACUACUGUUUCUGCUGAGGAUGUAGUUUUCAGGGAUUUGGGUUAUGAGACUAGGGCUCCUCUGAUCCCACCCCCACUAUUACCUCCAUCUUCGGGGACCAUACCUGUGCCAGAUGAUUAUGUUUCACAUCUUUUCUCAGUAUACAGUUUCUUGCGGUCUUUUAGCAUCUGCCUGUUUCUGUCUCCCUUUGGAUUGGCUGACUUUGUUGGGGCACUCAAUUGCCAUGUUCGGAACACUUUGCUGGAUGCCAUUCAUUUGGCUUUGAUGCGUGUUUUAAAGCGCCAUCUUGAAACACUUUCUUCGGAUGGCUCAGACUCUGCGGCAAAAUGUUUGAGGAGUGCUGAUUGGAGUUUACUUGAUGCAUUCACUUGGCCUGUUUAUUUGAUUGAGUAUCUUACGGUGAUGCGCUACAGUAAAGGUCCCAAGUGGAAAGGGUUUCAUGAUGAUGCCUUGAAAAAGGACUAUUAUUCCUUACCAGUGGGCAGGAAGUUGGUGAUUCUACAAAUCCUGUGUGAUGAUGUCUCAGAGUCUGCAGAGUUGAGAGCUGAAAUUGACACACGUGAAGAAACGGAAGUUGGAAUAGAUGCUGAUGAAGUUGCAACCAAAUCUCCUGAAAAUGGACCUAGAAGAGUCCAUCCAAGAUAUGCCAAAACUUCAGCCUGCAAGGAUGCAGGAAGUGAGAUGAAGACUUUGUGUGAUAUAAAAUCCUUGGUUUCCGAAGAUUCUGAAACUGAUGUGGUUGCUGCUGAUGGUAAUGUGGAUAAGAAUAGUGAUGAAUGCCGUCUUUGUGGCAUGGAUGGUAUGUUGCUUUGUUGUGAUGGAUGUCCAUCAGCAUACCAUUUUAGAUGUAUUUAUGUUGGUAAAUCGUCCAUACCAGAAGGAACAUGGUAUUGUCCUGAGUGCAAAAUUAAUCAGACUGAGCCACCUAUUACAGUGAGAACAUCACUUAGAGGAGCAGAAGAUUUUGGCAUUGAUUUAUAUGAGCAAGUCUUCUUGGGUACCUGCGAUCACUUACUUGUACUUAGGGAUUCUGUCAGCAGAGAACCAUUUUGCAGCUACUAUAACAGAAAUGACAUUCCAAGAGUCGUGCAAUCACUUCUUUCAUCUGUGGAACAUGGAUUGUCUUAUUCAGGGAUAUGCAAGGCAAUUUUACAGUAUUGGGGUAUCCCAGAAAAUGCCUUCCCUUUACUAAGAAAGGGAGAAACAAUUGCGGAUUCAAAUGUUGAUGAUGGAAAAGCUUUAACGCCAUUUCCAUCUCAGGUCACUGAAAAACAUAAAGUUCCAGGCAAGGCUGAAGCUGAGAAUACAGUUAGUUUAGAUGAAAGUGAUGGAGAUCAUGUGGCUGUAUCUUGCCUUGAUAUCUCAGUUGGUAAAGUCAACCAAACUGAAUUGGGUUGUCCCAUGUCCAAUGGCGAGACAAUAAGAUCACUGGAUUUCCCUCCUCAUAAUGUGAAAGAGCCUGAUCAGAUAAUGAUGGAGUCUGCCAAGUCGACCAAUUCCCCGGCAGCUGAUCCAUCAGGUAAACUCUAUCAAAACUUGGUUGGCAGAUCAAGUGCAGUAGAUCUUAGUAUAUGCAACCCAGCAAGCAGCAAUGCCAGUUUCCUCGUCCAUGCAAAUAGUAUGUAUGUACCUGUGCAAAUCUCCUCUCAUGGCAAGGAAGGUGAUAAUUCCUGUGUUGGAAGGAAUGACAGGAAUUCAUCUGAAGGUUGUUCGUUUCAAGAGUUGCCUUUUGAACCUCAUAGUUACAGAAAUCAAUAUAUGCUAGGGGAUUUUGCUGCAUCUGCUGCUGCUAAUCUAGCUAUUCUUUCAUCAGAAGAAGGUAGAUCUUUAGAGGCUUUAAAGUUGGGCAAUGCCAGGAAAAUUGCAUCUGCUAACAUUUCACUGCAAGUUAAAGCAUUUUCUUCAGCAGCCUCUCGGUUUUUCUGCCCAAUUCCUGAUAAGAAGGUUAUGGAAUUUCCGAGGGAGAGGUGUGGUUGGUGUCAUGCAUGCAAGCUUCCGCAGAACAGCAGGAGAGCAUGCCUGUUAAAUUAUGCAUCCUCAACAGCGACUAAAGGUGCCAUGAAGUUCCUUAAUGGUUCUUUCCCUGUAAAGAAUCAAGAUGGAAGUCUUUCCAGCAUUGCUGCAUAUAUUUUGUACAUGGAGGAGAGUUUCCGCGGUCUUAUAGAUGGCCCCUUUCUGAGUGCAAGCUACAGACAGCAAUGGCGUAAACAAGUGGGAGAAGCUUCAUCUUGCAGCGCAUUGAAGAUGCUUUUGGUUCAACUUGAGAAGAACAUCCGUGUUAUUUCAUUUUCUGGAGAUUGGCUUAAGCAUAUUGAUGACUGUUUGGUUGAAUCUUCUGUGGACCAAAGUGCUACUGGCACUGUGGGAACAGUGCAGAAACGUGGACCUGGUGGGAAGCGAUACAGAAGGCAAUCUGGCAUUUCGGAAGCUAUGGUGGGUGAUUGCCAUGACAAAGUUUUCAUUUGGUGGGAAGGGGGGAAGCUGUCAAAGUCUUUAUUCCAGAAAGCACUUAUGCCUUCAUCAAUGGUUAAGAAAGCAGCUCGGCAAGGUGGUUUAAGAAAGAUAUCUGGUAUUCAAUAUGCCAAUGGUUCAGACAUUCCUAAAAGAAGCAGAAGGUUGGUCUGGAGAGCUGCAGUUGAGAAGACAUUUAACACAUCUCAACUUGCUUUUCAGGUGAGAUAUGUAGACCUUCAUGUUAGAUGGAGUGAUCUUGUUCGCCUGGAACAGAACCCUCAGGAUGGAAAAGGUCCAGAGACGGAAGCCUCGGCUUUUAGAAAUGCGACGAUUUGUGACAAGCGGAUUGUGGACAACAAGAUUAUUUAUGGAGUUUUUUUUGGGGAUCAGAAACAUCUUCCUUCACGUGUAAUGAAGAACAUCGUUGAAAUCGGACAAAGAGGAGAUGGAAACAACAAGUACUGGUUCCCAGAGAUUUGUGUUCCCUUAUAUUUGAUCAGAGAGUAUGAAGAAAGUGUUGAGAAGGUGAUCUUACCUUUGGCUAAGAAUCCUGUUAGUGAACUGUCAGAGGUACAGAAAAGGCAGUUGAACGAUUCCCGCAGGGACAUAUUUUGUUAUCUUGCAUUGAAGCGAGACAAGUUGGACAAGUGCACUUGUAACUCAUGCCAGCUGGAUGUUUUACUUAGGAACACGGUCAAAUGCAGUGCUUGCCAAGGCUAUUGUCAUGAGCAGUGCACUCAAAGUUCAACUUUAUAUAUGAGUAAGGAAGUGGAGUUCUCGAUCACCUGCAACCGGUGUUAUCAACCCCUUCUUACUGCUCAAAAAGAUAAUAGUACUGGAUCUCCAACUAGUCCCUUGUCUUUGCAAAGGCGAGAACAUCAUAAUGUGGAGGCAGUCACCAAAAGUGCAAAUCAUAAAGGUUAUAACCAACCAUUAGCAUCUGCCAGAACUAAGGAGAGAUAUUCUGAAACGAUGCAAGCUACUUCAGUUUCUAGUUUGUCGGAAAAAAGCAAAAAGAGAUUAUGUUCUUGGGGUGUCAUAUGGAAGAAGAAGGACAAUGAAGCUGCUGGCAUUGAGUUCAGGAAUAAAAACAUUCUUUCAAGGGGCGGUUCAGAUUUGCACGGAUUGCAGCCGGUUUGUAAUCUGUGCAAAAAACAGUAUAACCCUCAUGCGAUGUAUAUUCACUGUGAAACGUGUACAAAUUGGUUCCAUGCUAAAGCUGUUGAACUUGAGGAGUCCAAACUGUCUGACGUGAUGGGCUUCAAGUGUUGCAGGUGUCGUAGGAUAAAGUCACCCAAAUGUCCAUAUGAUGAUGCACCAGAUGUUGAGAAGGCCGAGGGCUCUAAGCCAUGCAGUAGGGUGCCAAAAGAAGAAAACAUAGCAGGGAACCCCAAUCCUGGCAUUGCUUCUGCAUUUAAAGUAGGCAAACCCGCCACAAGGUUUCCUGCAGUUCAGGAUUUGAAGAAAGAGUGUGAUCCUCUUCUUUUCUCUCUUUCAAGAGUUGAGCAAAUUACAGAGCACAAUUCUGGGAUGGGCCCUCAAAAACUACCAGUCAGAAGGCAUGUAAAGCGUGAGGUAGAAAUCGAAGGUUUCUCUGAGAAUAAUUAUAGUCAUGCUGAAACAUCCGAUACAAAUGAAGGAUUCUCUUUUGUAAAAUGGGAUGUAUCUAGUAACAACCUCGAAGAUGCAGUAGUGCAUGUUGAGGAUGAAGUUAAGGGUGAGGAUAUGGAGUUUGAACCUCAGACCUACUUCACUUUCGAGGAGUUGCUCGCACCUGAUGAUACUGAUCACUUGGAUGAAUUUGAUGCUUCCAGUAAUCUCUUGGGAAAUGGGGAAAAUCAAAGUUGGGGAGUUUCACGGGAUGGAGUCUAUGGACAGUAUGAAAUGGAAGCAUCCAAUAAUCUUUUGCAACCUACUACUACUACUACCAUCAUGUGUUGCCACAGUUGUACGCAGAUAGAACCAGCCCCCGAUCUUUGUUGUGAGAUUUGUAGUUUAGCCAUCCAUAGUCAAUGCAACCGGUGGCCUGUGUUGUCACCUUCGAAAGGUGGCUGGAGGUGUGGCUACUGCCGAGAGUGGCGGUAGCUAACUAGACCUUAUAGGUUUUGGUUUCCCGAUUAUUUCAAUUUUUGGAAGGAGUUUACAUUGGAAGGGGUUGCGGAUUUGUUACCGGUGAAUGUCUUACCAGUGAUGAAGCUCAUUGUUUUGUGAGGUUGCUUGUCAAGGUAGGAAAGAGUGUGAUCCAAGCCUAUCACUUAAGUUAAAGAAGGCCGGUAACUCUCUUUGGUUGGUCCUAUUGUGCAAUUGCUUAAUGUGUUUUUCCUGGUUCUUCCAUUCAUUAUAACUAGUUUUUAGUAGUUUUAGAAGAGUAAAUACCAGUUAGAUAUGGAUCAGCUACGGGAAAAUGAUCGAAUUGCUCGAGGAUCUUAAAACCUUACCAUUGAUAUUGGAAGAUAAGCAGGUUUUUUCAGUUGCUUUUAUCUGAUUAGUCAGUGUACAAAUUCGAGAUAUACCGUUAUUCUUUUUGAGUAGCCAAAAUUGAAGGUUUUACUCUUUUUGAAAAUUGCCUUUAGUUCAAGGAAGCAGUAGUAGAACUUAUAUGCUUCUAUAAUCGUAUAUUUGAUGAUGUAAUUUAUGUCUUGGCAAAAUUGAUAAUCAAGUUCCAUGUUUCAGCUC